AUGUUUGAAUUACAGGACCCCCUCAAGGAUCCUACGUCAUUGGUAUCAUGCACUCGUUUGAAUUUGAUCACUGUGUCGAUGAGUCAGCAAUCUUGGCGAAACACAGAAAUCAACAAUAGACUCUUGGAAUAUCUCAAACCCCAUCUGUCUCAUCCUUUUCAAAACAUUAGGGAUAAAAUCAGCACCUGUUUGGCAGUUGCGCUUUGUGAAGUAGAGCUUGGAGAUGGAGGUGAUUGGACAAAUGGAAUGAGAACUAAACGAUUUUUCCAAGACAUUUCUCCAAAACUAGAUAGGUUAUAUGACAUUUCUUUAGCUAAGAUGAAAAGUGAUAAUAACGGUGACGUAGAUGAUUCUAUUCUGAUUAGUACAAGUGCCGACGAGAAGGAUUGUCUCAUUAGGUUAUUCAAAACGGUUGCCAAAUAUGUGACGAUCACAAUGGUAAAGGUGAAUUAUUCAGCUCGUCCCGAAUUCCUGGAACUGAUACCCCUUGCAACAUUGUUUCAAAACAACGAAAUAGAUGAAGAAUUAGCAACUAUUUCAACUAACUUAUUAGUUGUAAUAUCCGAAACAGUCACAUUACCAAAGUACAUUCCAAAGGCUAUAGAAGUGAUAAAAAAAGUUGCAAAAUGCCCUUCAUGGUCAGCGAGAGCUCUGAUUGCAGAGUUUCUGCCUAUUUAUGUGUUCUACAAUAUGGCUAUUAUUAAUUCUCGGAAAGAUUGGGUUCUUGAGGUGCAAUCUAUUGUGUUGGAGUUAUUGGAAGAUAUCCAACAUGAAGUUCGUGUACAAGCCGCCAAGGUUUUAAGUGGCUUACUUCACUGCCAGUUCAUUCCAGAACCCAGUCAGUUACUGGUCAAUUUCAAGCAGAAGGCAAGAAACAAAGCCAAAAAAAUGGAUAUUGCAACAAACAAUAACAUGCGACUCAAACAUGCUGGUGUUCUCGGACUCUGUGCGUUCAUUGAAGCUCAUCCUUAUGAUGUACCUGAUUUUUUACCAGAUAUUUUUGAACAGUUGAGACCUCAUCUCAGUGAUCCACAACCCAUUCCCGCUGCCAUAAGAAAAACUUUGGGAGAUUUCAAACGAACACACCAUAAUAAUUGGGAAACACAUAAGCUCAAAUUUACAGAAGAAGAACUCUGCCUUCUAAGCGACCUCACAGUGCCUCCAAGCUAUUAUGUGUAGCACUUCAGUUGAAAACUAUAGUUUUUAAGGAUUGUUCGUAUUUUUUGGAUAAGUAGCUUAAUGAAAAUCGUGCAUGGGAUCCUCAACAAUCAAUAAAUUUUAAUAAGUAAUCAAAUUACAAUAAAUUCAGUCAUUAAUUUUUAAUAGUAGACUUUGACUUGAUUGAAAAGUUAUAAUUUUAUGAAACAGAAACCAUAAUUUUUAUUCAUAACCAAUUACUGUGAUAAAUUUUUCCUGAAUUUUAUUUAAUUUUGUGAAGUUUCUUUAUAUUUAUUUUUUAAGAUAUUUAUGUAUUUUAAUAAUGUUCAGUGACCAACAUUAAAACUUCUGGUGAAUAUAGUAUGAAAAAUAAUGCACAGUAGCCAAAUCAGUGGAUAUAUUGGGUAAUUGCUGUUUUUUUUUAGUAGCAAG